AUGGCGGCUGGGAGGAAUGCUAGAUACACUGACCAUGAACUGAGAGACGAAGAAUCAAAUUCUAGAUUUUCCAGGAAGGAAAGUGCUUACUCCAAUGAAGAUUAUGGUCAUGUUAGGAACGGUGUUCAUAAUCUAAGAAACGGGGAUAACAGUAAAGAUAGAGAUAGGAUUAGGCUCGGAGCUAUUCAAGAGAGAGAUAUGGUCAAUAGUGGGUUUCGGUCAGUGAAGAUCAAUCCAGGUAGUAGGGAAGUUUUCAUUGAUCGUGGUCCUAAAAGGUGCAGCUUUUCAGCUAGGUCUGUGGAUAAGGAACCAGGUGAGCUCUCUAGUGAGAGUGGUUCGGACGAUUUAGUCGAGUCGGAAUCAGUGGUGAAAGAUAAUGGAGCUGUGAAGCAGGUGGAGGAUAAAGCUCAAAGCCCUGUAGAGAAGAAGAGAAAGUUUUCGCCGAUAGUAUGGGACAGAGAUGGCCGUGAAAGAAGUCCGUUGAGCAGAAAUGAUAAGCCUGUGGAAGUCACCGCUCUUCCUCCCCCACCACCAUUACUAAAUAAGAGGUCAAGCCAGUCACCUAGUGUCAGUUGUGUUGGUAAUUCUCAAUUUCCAGAUCCCCCGGAAGUUGGUGUUCCUGCAGUUUCUUUGCCUGUUUCUUCAUCUCCGGUAGAGAUAUAUUCUAUGCGUGUUGUAGAACUAUCAUCAAAUGCUGGACAUGAUAGGAAACAAGAGGAUGCAACACACGUAGAAGACGAGGAAAACAUGCCUACAAGGCAUAUAUCAUCCUCUAGGUGGGCUGCUGGCAACAGUUCCCCAACCGACGAAGGUGAGAUAGUAGAAGAAGUGGGAAUAAACAAAAGGAAGAAGAAACCACUUACCGUGGAAAGGUUGCGCAAUAAGUCUCUUACACCUGAGGUCGGAGAGAUUGUGAGGGAAGGUUAUAGAUCAUCUGAUUCUGAUGAAAGGAAGCACCAUUCUUUUCCGGGAAGCAGGGAUGAUUCUGAGGAGAAAGAUGCUCUUAAGAGUGACAAUAUGGAAAUAGAUGAGGAGGAUCGCAGAAGACAGUAUUCUAGCGACAGCCUUAGUCAAACAGAUUCGGAUGAUGAAUAUGUUCGGCAUGAGACACCUGAACCUGCUGGUACCCCUUUGAGAAGUAUAAACAUGCUUCAGGGUUGUAGAAGUGUUGACGAGUUUGAGAGAUUAAAUAAGAUAGAUGAAGGGACGUAUGGUGUUGUUUACAGAGCGAAGGAUAAGAAGACGGGGGAAAUCGUGGCCUUGAAGAAGGUGAAGAUGGAAAAAGAAAGAGAAGGUUUCCCACUGACUUCUCUCAGGGAAAUCAACAUUCUUCUUUCUUUUCAUCACCCAUCGAUAGUGGAUGUUAAAGAGGUGGUUGUGGGUAGUAGUCUUGAUAGCAUUUUUAUGGUGAUGGAAUAUAUGGAACAUGAUCUUAAAGCAUUGAUGGAGACAAUGAAGCAGCGUUUCAGUCAAAGUGAAGUUAAAUGCUUAAUGCUUCAACUUUUAGAGGGCGUCAAGUAUCUUCAUGAUAAUUGGGUGCUUCAUCGAGAUUUGAAAACAUCUAACCUGCUUUUAAACAACCGGGGUGAGUUGAAGAUAUGCGACUUUGGUUUAGCUCGGCAAUAUGGCAGCCCUCUGAAGCCGUAUACUCAUCUGGUUGUUACACUUUGGUACAGGGCACCUGAACUUCUCUUGGGAGCAAAACAAUAUUCUACAGCCAUUGACAUGUGGUCAUUGGGCUGUAUAAUGGCAGAGCUUUUAUCGAAGGCGCCAUUAUUCAACGGGAAAACUGAAUUUGAUCAACUUGACAAGAUUUUCAGAAUCCUUGGCACUCCCAAUGAAUCAAUCUGGCCUGGUUUCUCCAAGCUGCCUGGAGUCAAGGUCAACUUUGUCAAGCAUCAGUACAACCUGUUACGUAAGAAAUUCCCAGCCACUUCAUUCACUGGUGCACCAGUCCUGUCCGAUGCUGGGUUUGACUUGCUGAACAAGCUCCUCACAUACGAUCCUGAGAGGAGAAUAACUGUUGAUGCUGCUCUUAAGCAUGAGUGGUUCCGUGAAGUCCCUCUGCCAAAAUCCAAAGAUUUCAUGCCAACUUUCCCUGCUCAACAUGCCCAAGACAGGCGUGGGAGGAGAGUGGUAAAGAGCCCUGAUCCUUUGGAAGAGCAACGUAGGAAGGAUGUGACAAAAAUGGAACUGGGGUCUGGUGGUCUUUUUGGCUAA